CACACACACACACACACACGCUCAUAUACAGUCUCUCCUCUUCUCUCAUUGGGUCUUUGUCUUUGGAAACUUUUGGACAUCAGUCUCUGUGUCUGCAGAGCAGGAGGCUGUGUUGCAGCUCCUCACAUCCUCAGCCCAGAUGUUUCCAGUUUGACCUCCCCCUCCGCUGGGUCUGGAUGCCCCCACCCAUUGGUGCCUGAGGAGAAGGGGAGGAUGAAGCCCAACACGAUGGACGUACAUCCCGUGAUAUGAGUUUUUUUUACAGACAAAUUGUGAAGUUUGAAGACUGUUUGAGGUGAUGUUUAGCAAUGCAGCAGGGCGUAGGAAGGAGAAUCGCCACAUCGCUUCAUCAAAUUCUGCAGAGUAGUCUGCAAACUCAAAUCUGGUCUAUAUCAGCCUCCACUGCUGUCUGCAAAGCAGCAUGAACUGCAGCCGUCCCUGUCCACUGCAGUCCUGUUCGAUACUUAACUGAAGUCAGUGUCUUCAGAAGAUGCUGAGGAAGAUCGCAGCAAUGAGGAGGAUCCUGCAUGUGAAGGGAGAUGUGUUGUGCACGAUGAUGCUACUGGUGCUCUUCUGUGUGCUGCUCUAUGCCCGCCAGGCCGUGCUUUCCUCUGGGUGGGACAGGCCUGUGUGGAGGCUGGAUUUCCAUGGCUCUACCAGCUCCAGCAGGACCUUACUGGGUGCCAGUAGGGCUAAAGUAGGCCAGGAGUCUCCAGGGCAGAUCCCAUCCAGCCCUUCAGAGCCACAGCUGCCUCCCUGCAACCCCCAGCCCAAGUCCAAACCUCCUCAGCCCAAGGCCAAACCUCCUCAGUCCAAGACCAAAUCACUGCAGCCCAAGUCCAAACCUCCUCAGUCUAAGUCCAAACCUCAGGUUAAAUCUAAGGGGAAAUCCAAGUCGCGACGGAAGAAUGCUGUGCCGACUAAGGCCGCUGGCAAGCCCCUGCCCACAAUGCCACCUUUUGACUUUGAGGGUUAUCUGAGAGAAAAGGACAACAGAAACUUUAAGCUGCUCAUAGACCAGCCAGACAAAUGUCACAUCGGAGGAGCAGUGGUGGAAGAAGGAGGAGGAAGUAAAGGGUCUACUACUACUCCCUACAUGCUCAUUGCGGUGAAAUCCAUCCCUGCAGAUUUUGAUAAACGUCAGGUGGUACGUCGGACAUGGGGUAAAGAGGGACUUAUCCAAAAUGGUGUGACCAUCCGUACCGUUUUCCUGCUAGGGGUUCCCAGGAAUCGGACUGCUCUGCCUCUGUGGGAUCGGCUCUUGACCUACGAGAGUCAAACCUUUAGGGAUAUCCUGCUUUGGGACUUUGAAGACACCUUCUUCAACCUGACACUGAAGGAAACACAUUUUCUGGAAUGGGUUAACAGCAGCUGUCCUCACGUCAAAUUCAUCUUCAAGGGUGAUGCUGAUGUGUAUGUUAAUGUGGAGAAUAUACUAGAGAUGCUACAAGGUCAAAAGCCAGACAAGGAUCUGUUUGUUGGUGAUAUUAUUAUCCAUGCUAAACCCAUUCGCCGGCGCAGUUCCAAAUACUAUGUGCCAGAGUUUGUUUAUGGAGGGGGUUUGUACCCGAAUUACGCAGGGGGAGGAGGGUUUGUCAUGUCGGGACAUACGGCUCGGAGACUUAGCUCUGCCUGUCAACAGGUGGAGUUGUUCCCCAUUGAUGAUGUCUUUCUGGGAAUGUGCCUCCAGCUGAUUGGAGUCAAACCAUCACGCCACCAGGGCUUUCGGACCUUCGGAAUUCCCCGACCAUCUGCAGCACCCCACCUUCAGACCUUUGACCCCUGUUUCUACAGGGAACUAAUGGUUGUUCACAGCCUCAGUGUUCCUCAGAUCUGGCUCAUGUGGAACCUCCUGCACGACCCCAAGCUGAGCUGCCACAACAGGACUAGCCCGACAUCCUGGCCCUUUAAGUGGAAGGAUAAGAUGGGAGUAACGACAGGAGUAGAGAAGGACUACGGUGAGAAGCAGGUGUUUGUCACACAUUAGUGACUCCCUGCAGGGCCGAGUGGGAUCUGCAAAAGCCCUAGCAAGGACAAAACGGUUAUAAAGCAGGAUCUGUGGGCAACUUCAAAGGUUUGUGAUGUGUUCAAAAGCACAGUUGAGUUAUAUGAGACUUUAUCCAAGCUGGUAGAUCAUCUUUGGGGAAAUGAAUUGGCAAAGACUUCAGAUUUUUUCAGCGAGGAAGCCCAAAGAGAAUUUGGGCUUUUGCCAUCCAAGCCCAUCUGUGCAUUCAUACAGUGAACAACCAUGCAGCAAGACCUUGAUUUGCAAAGAAGAUUGUGACUUUUGAAUGUUUAUUCUUCAGAAUGUAUUGUGUUAUAAUUGUUUACACAGAGACAUAGUAAGAUCUAUAAGGACAACAUAACGACAUGUGGUUAGCUGGUUUAACCUCAUCCAAGCGUAAAAGCACCCAUGUGUCUGAGACCUCAACAUUGUUAAUAUACUGACUCACAUUGGACUGUGAGGACAGCAGGACUGGAGAUGGAUGUGUGUACUGGGUGCGUGGAAGGACAGUAGGGACUUUUUGUGUUCUCACCGUGAAUCACUAGCAGAGAUGCUCCUCACUCCCUUAUGCUGGAUAGAGGCACAAAUGGUCAGUUAUACUAUCUGUUCCCUGGAGGGCAAACAAUGAAGCCUAAAUGGGAACCAGCUGGGACCAUAGCGCGCGCGCACACACACACACACACACACACACACAAAACCUCUGCUGAAUGUUUGUGGAAAAGUCUGCUAUUUGAGGAGUCAGAUGUGUACUUUCAUGUGAACACUAUUAUUACUAUAAUUAUAAUGAUUUGAUUUUUUGUAUGUGUAAUUCUGUUUUUUGUUAAAAAACUCUUCAUAUCUUUAACCUCAUAUGUUUUCAAAAUGUUCAAUGUAACUGCAUUUCAACAGCAAAACAUGUUCACAGACCUAGACAGAUCGAAACGGAUUGUCUAUUAGUGUGAUUGUUCAACAAGCUCAUGUGCUCUGGACUGCAGCUGGUGCCCAUUUUGCCAUGCUAGCUGUGUGGCUCUACGUUUAGACUGAAAUGUCUCCACUAUUUCAUUGGUGCUGAGAGGAUGUGUGCUAAUAACUUUGAUGAUCCCACAAUGAGGUUGCCAUUUGUGGUUUUGAGUGAAAUGCCUCAACAUAUAUUGGAUGGAUUGCCAUAAAAUUUGGUACACACAUUCAUGUUCCCCUCAGAAUGAAUUGUAAUAACUGUGAUCCCCAAUUUAAUUUAAUUUAAUUCAUUAUUUAGAUUUUGCACUCUGUUUAACUCAUCAAAAAGUGUAUUAACACCAACAGCUAGUUUGAUUUUAAAUGUUAAAGUUAAAAUGUUUUGAAGGGAAAAUCUCCAUCAAUACUUUGCAUGUACCACACAACCCUGUGUACUGAAUGUGCUUUUUGAAUAAAGGUUAGUAGAUGUCUAGGGCUACAAGGAA